AUGGCUAAUUAAAGCAAUGAUAGCAUCUUGGACUUGAGAGACAUUUGCAGCAAACCCAAGAAUAGCAUUCACGAUAAUCUCCUUUGGAAAUAUCAAGAUACUCAAUUUUCCAGACCUGCUGAAUCUCAAUACAAUCCAGAAAGUUGUAAAAUAAGCUACACCAUCAAGGAAUAUUCCAUUCAAGGAAAGCUUUUGAACAAGGAUUAUAAGAAUAUCAGAAAGAUAUAGCUUAAGCACGAUAGAAAAUCGUAUUUUGGAUUGCAUUUAUGCUUGGAAUCAAUGGGCAAUAAAGAGGUUUCUGUGUUUGAAGUUAAUCCGAUUUUGAGGAAAUCAAUUAUUCAACUAGAAGCUGAGAAUGAACGUCCAGACAUCCCAAUCAUCAACUUCAUUGAGAACAAAUAUAGAAAUAUAAUUGAUUAGCCUUAAAUAUGGAUUAUUGAAGUUCAUGACAUAGAGGAGAUUGAGGAUAAUGAAAAAUUAACUUUAGAAGAGAGGGAAUAAAAAGUUAAAUAGUUGAAAUCCUAAGCUACUUAACUAUUCAAAGAGUAGAAAUACAAGGAAGCCAUUUAAGUUUAUAAAAAUAUUCACUCCAAAAUUGGAUAAAUUCCAAAGGCUUUGAAAAAUACCAUGACUCAGGAACAGAAGACAUUCUUUUAGGUUGAACUCUCAAGGGUUUAUUCUAAUUAAGCCAUUUGCCACUUAUAAUUGAAAGAAUAUGCAAAAGCCAUAGAGACAUCAAAAUAAGCAAUGAAUGAUUGGGAUCAAAAUUUUAAAGCGUAUUUUAUUUAUGCUAAGGCUCAUUUUGAAAGAGAUUAAAAAAGUGAAGCUCUUGAAUAUUUUUAACAAAUCAUUCAAAAAUUCCCCAAUGAAGAUGUUACAGAAGUACAAAAGUAUUUGGAUAAAUGUAAACAACCCAAAACCACAAAAAAUGAGCAAUAAUUAUAUAAGAAAAUAUUUGAAAAAUUACAGGAUAAAGAUGAAGAUGAAAUAUAACGAGAAUAGAAAGAGAAAUUUGAGAAAGUAGAAAAGAACAGACAGACUGAAAAAAUCUUAAAUUCAGCCAAAAAUGGGUAGUCCAUUAAUCAUGAAGAAAUUUAAAAAUUAUAAUGA